GGUGCUGGGGGGCGGGGCCGGCGGAGGCGCGCGCGGCCGCGGGUGCGGAGCGGCCCGGGGAGAGCGGAGCCGGGGGGCAUUAUCGUGUGAAAGAAUGGUGGCAUCAAGUAUUCUAUGAAAUAUGGAUACAAAUUGAAGUAAUUAAAGAAUUCUCAUUCCCAGAAACACAACAAAAUGUAUAAACCAGUGGAGACAGCGAAACGUCGACUCAAUGUGCAUGCACCACCAAGGAUAAGAAGUGUGGAUGUUGCUAGAGGACGAGCAGGGUAUGGAUUUACCCUUUCUGGACAAGCUCCUUGUAUUCUUAGCUGUGUUAUGAAAGGGAGCCCCGCAGAUUAUGUAGGACUAAAAGCUGGAGAUCAGAUAUUUGCUGUCAAUGACAUCAAUGUAAAAAAGGCUUCUCACGAAGAUGUAGUGAAACUUAUAGGGAAGUGUUCUGGAGUGCUGCAUAUGAUCAUUGGUGAAGGCGUCAGUCACAUGGACUCCUGUUCCAGUGAUGAAGAAGUUGGAUUUUAUGAAGGAAAAGGCUGGCUAAAGCCCAAACUUGAUUCCAAAGCAUUAGGUAUCAACAGAGCAGAGAGAGUUGUUGAAGAAAUGCAAUCUGGUGGAAUUUUUAGCAUGAUCUUUGAAAAUCCUACUCUUUGUGCUGCUAGUUCAGAUCACACAAAACCAAAACAAAGAUCCCUUUCAGAGUCAGCUGCUGCUGCUGCUGCUGCUGGGUUUGACAUUGCACAGGAAAGUAUAAAUAGCCCAAAUUAUAAUCUACAUUCUAAGGAAGAAAUAUCUAAAGUUAUACAUGAUGAUUCAGUUUUUAGUAUUGGACUAGAAAAUCAUGAUGACUUUGGAUUAGAUGCAAGCAUUUUAAAUGUUGCCAUGGUGGUAGGUUAUCUAGGUUCAAUAGAGCUUCCUUCAACCAGCUCCAACCUUGAAUAUGACAGUCUGCAGGCUAUUCGUGGAUGUAUGAGGCGCUUGAGGGCAGAACAGAAAAUACAUUCAUUGGUGAUGAUGAAGAUUAUGCAUGAUUGCAUUCAACUCUGCACUGACAAAGCUGGAGUAGUGGCUGAGUAUCCUGCAGAGAAACUGGCAUUUAGUGCAGUAUGCCCUGAUGACAGAAGAUUCUUUGGAUUGGUAACCAUGCAGAGUAAUGACGAUGGAAGUUUGGCACAGGAAGAUGAAGGAGUUUUGAGAACUUCUUGUCAUGUUUUUAUGGUAGAUCCUGAACUAUUUAGCCAUAAAAUUCAUCAAGGUAUCGCAAGACGAUUUGGGUUUGACUGUACAGCGGACCCAGACACUAAUGGUUGUUUAGAAUUUCCAACUUCAUCUUUACCUGUUCUGCAAUUUAUUUCAGUCCUAUAUAGAGACAUGGGGGAGUUGAUUGAAGGAAUGAGAGCACGGGCCUUCCUAGAUGGUGAUGCUGAUGUGCAUCAGAAUAAUAGUACAAGCAGCAAUAGUGAUAGUGGCAUUGGCAAUUUCAACCAAGAAGAAAAAAGCAACAGAGUUCUGGUGGUUGAUUUAGGAGCUAGCUCAAGCAAGCACAUUCCUAGUAAUAUGUGGGAAAAUCCAGGAGCAAGAGCAUCAAACCCCACUACUGCCCACUGGAAUGGUUUCUGUCAUGAUUUGGAAGGAAAUUCUUUAGAAGCAACUCAGAAUGAUAAAUUUUGUGAUUUAAAUAAGCAUUUAGGACCCUCUUCCCGAAUGGAGGUUCCUCUUGUUUCUUCACGGAGCUCAGUCCCUCCUUCUAAGAGAAGUGCCAUGGGUAUGGGUGGCACUUCCAACCAAAGGUGGCUGCCUGUCCAUGUCCUUCAGGAAUGGCAACAUGGCCAUGCCAGUGAUCAAGAGUCAUAUACAGAUUCUACAGAUGGGUGGUCAAGUGUGAAUUGUGGCACACUUCCUCCUCCAAUGAAUAAGAUUCCUGCUGACCGGUAUAGGGUCGAAGGCAGCUUUGUUCAACCUCAACUAAGUGUUCACAAGAGUGAAUGGUCUAAAAAAGCUUUUGGAAUGCAAACCAUCUUCGGCCCUCACCGAAAUGUUAGAAAGACAAAAGAGGAUAAAAAGGGUUUAAAGUUUGGACAUGGAAUUGGUUUGGCCCAUACUCCACAGCGUACCUCUACUCGAAGAUCAUUUGGAAGAUCGAAGAGAUUUAGCAUUACUCGUUCACUCGAUGACCUUGAGUCUGCAACUGUAUCUGAUGGUGAGUUAAAUAGUACUGAUUUGAAAGACUGUGUUAGCAACAACAGCCUCAGUAGCAAUGCCAGCCUUCCCAGUGUGCAGAGUUGCAGAAGACUUCGGGAAAGGAGAGUUGCAAGUUGGGCUGUUUCAUUAGAACGUCUUCUACAGGAUCCUAUUGGUGUUAGAUACUUCUCUGAUUUUCUAAGGAAAGAAUUCAGUGAAGAAAACAUUUUAUUCUGGCAGGCCUGUGAAUAUUUUAGUCAUGUUCCUGCACAUGACAAAAAAGAGCUUUCUUAUAGAGCCCGAGAGAUCUUCGCUAAAUUUUUGUGUAGCAAAGCUACCACACCAGUUAACAUCGAUAGCCAGGCCCAGUUGGCUGAUGAUAUUCUCAACGCGCCACAUCCAGACAUGUUCAAGGAACAACAGCUGCAGAUUUUUAACUUGAUGAAGUUUGAUAGUUACACUCGUUUUCUGAAAUCCCAGCUCUAUCAAGAAUGCAUUUUGGCAGAAGUAGAAGGGCGCUCUCUACCUGAUUCUCAACAGGUCCCAAGUAGCCCUGCCUCUAAACACAGUAUCAGCUCAGAUCGCUCCAGUGUGUCAACGCCAAAAAAGUUAAGUGGAAAAUCAAAAUCAGGAAGAUCCCUAAAUGAAGAGUCAGGAGAAGAAGAUGGGGAGAAGAAACGCAAAGGAACAUUUUUUUCCUGGUCAAGGAAUAAGAGCACUGGACGAUCCCAGAAGAAGAAGGAACAUGGGGAUCACCUACAUGAUACUCUUCACUCUAAUGGAGGAUUACAUCGACGUGAAUCACAAGGUUCCAUGUCUUCUGCUGCAAGCCUUGAUCUGUCGGACACCUGUAGGGUCUCAGUGGCCGAAAAGGACAAGGUCUCCAAACACUGCUGCAUCAACCUUCCAGAUGGGACGUCGUGUGUGGUGGUCGUCAAAGCCGGAUUCUCCAUCAAGGAGAUAUUAUCUGGGCUUUGUGAGAAACAUGGCAUCAAUGUGGCCGCAGUCGAUCUUUUUUUAGUAGGAGGGGACAAGCCUUUGGUGCUGCACCAAGACAGCAGCAUCUUGGAUUCCAGGGACCUACGCUUAGAAAAACGCACUUUAUUCCGGCUUGAUCUAGUCCCAAUCAAUAGGUCAGUGGGACUGAAGGCCAAGCCUACCAAGCCAGUCACGGAAGUGCUGCGGCCUGUGGUAGCCAAGUAUGGUUUGAAUCUUAGUGACCUUGUGGUGAGACUAAGCGGAGAGAAGGAGCCACUAGAUCUUGGUGUUCCUAUUUCCAAUUUGGAUGGACAAAGAGUGAUCUUAGAAGAAAAGGAUCCCACGAAAGGAAAAGUAUUCACAGACAAACAGAAAGGUGCAUCAGCCAAACAGAAUAUAGCUGUAAUUCCCAGUUCCAGAAAUCACUCUGCUACGGGAGAGGAAAGAACACUAGGCAAGUCUAAUUCUAUUAAAAUAAAAGGAGAAAAUGGAAAAAAUGCUAGGGAUCCCCGGCUUUCAAAGAGAGAAGAUUCUAUUGCAAAGAUUGGGAAAAAAAAAUAUCAGAAAAUUAAUUUGGACGAAGCAGAGGAGUUUUUUGAGCUCAUUUCCAAAGCUCAGAGCAACAGGGCAGAUGACCAACGUGGGCUGCUAAGAAAAGAGGACCUUGUCCUGCCAGAUUUUCUUCGUUUACCACCUUGCACAGCAGAACCAACUGCAUCUACUCCUGCAACAACAAAAGGCCUAAACAAGAGAACUGUAAAAAAUGGCAGCAAAGAAAAGGCUACGCAACCAAACGGGAAGCUGGAAUCUGCCCAGAAUGGUAGUGAAAGUCCAGUGAAGAGCCCGGGGCCUGCUGAGGGCAAGCCUAGGCCUACUCUGGCCGCCCUCCAGAGUCCAAAGACUCCCAGCCCCCCCUUUAGUGCCCCAUUGUCUCCAAUCCCACUUGUCCAGGAAGGAACAGCAUCAGCACAAAUAUGGAAGAGACAAUCCAAGGAAUUACACGCUGAAGGCAUACAGACUAUAGAGGACGAGAACGUUGCCGACUUAACACUUGUGGGGGAAGGAGAUAUUAGUAGCCCUAACAGCACUCUAUUGCCACCUCCUCCGACACCACCAUCAGAUGUUACAAAACUCACCGAAGCCAACUACUCACCCCCAACUCCUCUGACAGAUAAACAGGAAAAACCUGGAUUUCAGAGAUCCAUUUCAGGAGCCAAUCAUGGAAGGACAAAAGAAUCUGAAAGCUUCUGUGAGCAGAUCCCCCCUCGGCCCCGACACAACUCCAGUUCAUAUCUGGGGAUGAACUCUGGCGAUGAACUCCCCGUGAACAGGAUCAUUGAUGUGGAUGGAGUCAAGGGUGGAACCAGUAGCCUGAUGCCCUCCUCAGAGCCUGAUGGCAACCUCAGCUUUGAGGGGUCUAUCUCAGAGCUUCGAAUGUGCCAGGGGAGGACACGUAUGGGUGUGUAUAGGACCUCAGAUCUCCCAAAUCUACUUACUGUGAAGAGCGAGAAACACAAGAGCUCUGAGAACCAAUAUAAAGCCACUUUUGUCUAAGAAAUUUUUCCCCCAAUUCUCUUGUAUUUACUACUACUACUAAGGCUUGAAGGUUUACACAGUCCUAUCUCAUGACAACUAUCUGAAGUAGGCAGUGGAACUAUGAUAAGCCCAUUUUACAGAUGGGGAAAAUGACAUCCAGAGAAGAAAAUCUCAGAUUAUAGGGAAGAGAGGCAGGCAUUAAACCCUCAUCUUCUGUUUUCCAGUCCAUUCCUGGGCAGGUUUUGGUUCAGUGGGAUGAGAACCAUGAUGGCCCCGUAUGAGAAGAAAAUCUCUGUAUUCCCUUGGACAUCUGUUCGGAUGAUCUCUGCCUCGAAAAUGCCCCUUGCCAGACUGCAGACAACAUUUUGGCUGGCUAGAGGCAGUCUCCUGGCUCAGCUCUCUCCUAGGUACAAACUCUGAAGUUUCCUGCACUCUGGUCUCAUGCUGGGGAACGCAAAGUGGUUCCACCUCUGAGGUUGCAGGGUCCAACGUCCUCCUGGUGCUUCAUCCUCUAAGUCGCUCCCAAUCCAACUUGCUUGGGUCCUGUUUCCUGCUGUCAAUGCACAUAGGAGCACAUUUCUCACCUCUCAGAAGGACUGUGUGAAAAAGUAGAGGGAGCCAGCCAAGGAGGCUUCCCUCUGCUCUCUAAGAAGUUUGGUCAUGGAAAAUGCCUCGAGUUUGGUGGAGUACAAACAUGGCGACACAGCCAUGAGCGACUUGCAGGAGAAUGAGUAACUUUCUGUUUACUCUUAAAAAAAAAAACAACCCUUUCCUUCCAUCUUGGAAUCAACACUAAGUAUUGGUUCCAAGGCAGAAGAUUGGUAAGGGCUCUUGCCCAGGGUUAUAUAGCCAGGAAGUGUCUGAGGCCGGAUUUGAACCCAGGACCUCCUGGGUUCGGGCACAGCUUCUAAUUCCCUUUGCCACCUAGCUGCCCUGUGUUCACUUUUUACACCUAUAAGCCAGGUUGGUAAUCUAGUGCAGUGGUUAGAACAUGUGGAAAAGAAACUAGAAAUAAGUUCUGAACUUUCUGCCACUGUGCUGGAAUAAACAACAGUGGGAAUAUCAAGAGAGAAGAAAUUGUCAAUAAAAUUUUUUCCCAAUAAAUAUCACAAACACUAAUCUGAGAUCCAGGAAUCCAGGGGCUUGACUCCAGUUUUACUCUGGUAUUAACCCAACUGUUGACUUGUCUAGGUCUUUCCUCCCUCAUCUCUAAAAGGAAGGAGUUGGAUUAGAUAAUCUAAGCCCCCUUGGAGCUCUGGCAUUCUACAUUCAAACACACAACCUCUGCCAGCUCUGAUGCAUUUAUUCUGUUUUAAGAUCCUUUCUUUGGUCAUUUCAGUCAUGUCUGCCUCUUCAGGACCCCUUUGGGAUUUUCUUGGCAAAGAUACUGGAGCGAUUAGCUCGGAGACAUUGCAUUUGGUAUUCAGAUAGUCUACCUUCUAAAGUUUAACUUAAUUGCCAGAGUGAACAUUCUAUUUUAAAAGCUUCCUUCUACCGUUGAUAUUCUGUAUCCCAUGUUCUAAGGACUUUCCAGCACUCAUGUUUCAUGUUUAUAUUCUAAAGUCUCUUUUGGAUCUGACAACCCAUAUUUUUUGUUCUAAGUUCCUCUCCAAGUUUCCAGUUUCCUAUGUUCUAAGUUCCUAAAUUUGCUUUUUUAUUGCCAUUAGUCAUUUGCUAAUUAUUAGGUGGUGUAGUGGAUAGAAUGCUCAACCUGGACUCAAGAAGAACUUAAUUCAAUUCCAUCCUUAUGUAUUUACUAACUCUGUGACCCUGGAAAAGUUACUUAACCUUUAUCUGCCUCAGUUUCCUCAACUAUAAAAUGGAGAUAAUAAUGGCACCUACUUCUCAGAAGUGUGAGUCUCAAAUGAGAAAAUACCUUUGGAGCAAUUUAGAGGAGUGCUUAGCACAAAGCCGGUGCCUAAUAAAUGCUUCUUUCCUUUCUUCCUCAAAAACGAAAGAUUCCCACCCUCCAAAAACCUGGGCAUUAAAGAACAGUAAGGUAUGGUGUGGAUUAACCAGAGCAAAGAAUAUUGUCUCUCUAGUUCCUCUCGAUGUAGCUACCAACAACAGACAGUUUUUUCUACCAGGACUUUUCUUUUUUUUGAGUUCUGAAUUUUUUCCCAUCUUUCACCCCAUCUACCAUCUACGAUGCCCAUUAUACGUAUAAAUUAAUGCAAAACAUUUCCUUAUUGACCAUGUUUCUACCAGGUUGUAAGGGAAUUAUGAAAGGAAUAUAUUUUCAAAGAAGGAUCAGAGGAGUUAAAUCUCAGAUAAAAGCACCAAAUGUGUGCGUAUGUCCCCUGGUUGUCACAGUUACCUGAGAAAUAAAGAAACUGCUGGGAAGUUUGUUUGCCCUCUUCUAACCCAAAGGAAGUGACAAUGAUUUGUCACCCUCAGUGGUACUUCCCAAAUGGGCAUCUCAUCUCUAUGAAAGUGGGCUUCUGGGAAAUGACCACACAGUGCCCGUUAUUCUGGGAAACGAUGACGUGGACACCAGCCAAUGAAAUGCCACUUUUGUUUGAUUGAUUCAUGUUUGACUUGAAUGAGUAAUAGACCGACAAGAUUUGUUUCCUCUUCCUUACAGUAUAGAGCUUUCUGUAAAGUUAACCCAAAAGGGAAUUUCUAGAAAUGUAUUCCUGUUUUCCCUUUGUUUUUCAUUACAUGGAAACCCUCCCUCAGUAGAACAUUUAUCAAGGAAGGGUCAAGAAGGCAUCCAGGUACACUUGGUGUUGUAGUGUUAGUGUCAUAAGUAAAAGUCAUAGAAUCAAAGAGUUAGAAGGGUCAGAGGCCAUCCAGUCCAACGUUGACCUUCCCAAGACUCUCCAGUAUAUUGUACUUUACAAAUGGUUAUACAACUUCUAAUGGAAGACCUCUAGAGAAGGAAAACACUACCUUACAAUUACAUUACACUCCAUUAUUGUUGUUUCAGUCACGUCUGACUCUAGGGUUCCUGUGUGAGGUUUUCUUGGCAAAGAGACUAGAGUGAUCUGCCAUUUCCUUUCCCGAUUUAUUUUAUAGAAGAGGAAACUGAGGCAAACAAAGUUAAGUGACUUGUUCAGGGUCACACAGCUAGUAAGUGUUUCAGGCCAGAUUUUAACUCUGGAAGAUGAAUUCUCCUGACUCUAGAUUUGGUACUCUAUUGACUGUGCCACCUAGCUGCCCCAUUAUUACCUGUACCUCAGGGUAGCUGUGUUUGUUACAAUUGUGUGUGUUUUUUUUUUUCUAACAACAUGCUUAAAUUUGUCCUAUUGCAAAUUCUGCCUUCUGGGACUAAGCAAAAUAAAUCUAUCCCCUCUUCUAGAGGACAGCUCUUCAAGUACUUGAAGGCUACUUCCAUGGCAUCUCUAUAUCUCCUAAUUCCCAUUCCUUUUAACUAGUUUUCUUAUAGAAUGAUCCCAAGGCUCUUCGUCAUCCUGGUCAUUUUCCUCUGAAGGCUCUCUUGCUUAUCACUGAUGUCCUUCCUGAAAUGUGUCAUCCUGAACUGAAUGCAUCAUUUGAGAUGGGACAGAGAACUAUAGGACUUUAGCCUCUAGUGUCUUGUGGCUUCAGUGCCACAUUGUUGCCUCAUAUAUUGAAGUUGCUGUUCCUUAAGACCUCCAGAUUUUUAAAAAAGAGAUGGAAUCUCUAGCUUUUCCUCUUCCCUGUUGUCCUCACAAAGUUUGUUGUUAUUUUUUAGCACAAGUGUAAGAUUAAUUAAUCCUUAUUAAAUUUCAUGUUUUUAGAUUUGAUCUCUUCUAACUUUCUAUCAUCUGCACAUUUGAUAACUUUGAGUCCCAUUCCCUUUUUUGCAGAUGAGUCCUAGAUUGGCAAAAUCAUUUCCCCUAGCUUAAAGAUCCCUGUAUUUCUAGGGUUCCCCACUUUCCUGGCAAGAAGAUCCUUUGUUGAGCAAAAAUUGGGGGCAUCUGGGUGGCUCAGUGGAUGGAGAACCACCUGUCCCACAAGGGUAUAUUUUCUCCACUUCAUUCCCAAUGUUUUCUUCCAAAGUAUUCCAAAUACAAGAUCUCAGGAGGCACUAUCUGAUAUGAGGUCCACUGAUGUCUAUGAAUCAAUUAGGAAGUCCAAGGAUUCAGGACCAAUUUUUUUACUGCAAAAGAAAAAGAGAUUAAACUUGCUGUGUUUGGCCCAGAAAGUAAGACUGGAAAUAAGAUAGAAAUCACAGAAAACAAAAUUUGAAGGGACAAAAGCUUCUAAACAAUAAGCACAAAAAUAGAAUAUGCUACCUUGGUAGGUAGUGAGUUCCCUGUUCCUGUUUUGUCUACCCAGAAUUUUGGUAUAUGAUAAGGGGAUUCCUGCUUUGGUACAAGUUAGACUAGAUAACUUUAGAUAUUCUUCCUUAAGCUGAGAUUCUGUGAUCCUUUGAGGAUCUGGGAAGAUAUUGCUUCCAGGGAUGCUUUUGGGCCCUUAUGAGUUUUUUCAGCACAUGGAAACCAUGGAGUGAAUAGAUAUUAAAUGCUGAGUUUUUAAGACCCUCUGAAUGCAUAUUCCCCAUUUUGAAAAUUAAUUUUGAUAAUUAAUUAAUUUGAGGGGGUAAAUUAAGUUUAGCCUAUUUAAUUCCCUCCCUUCAUUUCCUACCUUAACCAAUGCCUGCCCUCCACUCUGUAUGAGGGAAUAGAUGGUCUCCAAACUGGAAAGAAAUUACUUUUCUAGGAGAGAUAAAAAGAACACUGCACUUGGAGUCAGAAGAUCUGCGUUCAAGAUCCUUCCUUGGCUUGUGACUUAAGUCAACUUACUUAACUUCUUAGUUUUCUCAUCUAUAAAAUAGGGUUACAAGUCUGAGGUUUUACCUCACAGUCAUCAUGUUGACCAAGAUAAAUAAAAGACAAAAGUUGUUCAUGUUGUAGGAAAUGGAAAGUCAGGUAUGCUACUACAUUAUUGGUGUCAUCAAUUGGUCAAAUUGUCUGGAAAGCAAUUUGGAAUCAUUUGAAAGAAAUAACUGAAUAAUUUAGACUCUUUCACUCAACAAUAUCACUAUUUGGCAUCUAUUCUAAGGAGGUCAUACACAGUAAAGUUGAGGAGAAACUGGAAACAACUUGAAUUGGCUUGAAAGAUCUGACUAUUAAAUUUUUAGUAUUAGCAUUCUUCCCUGAACAUCACCAAGUGCUACAAAUGAUUGCUUGGUUUAUUGUUGAUUAUCUACACAUAGAAAGUGAUGGAGAAAAUGUUAAUAAUGCAUAUUACACUCAAAAGUGUGCUGUAAAUACUUUUUUUUUCUUCUCCAGAGAGCCGAUUGUUAAACAUUUACCAACAUUCUCUUGGUAAAGUUCCAUAUGUACCACAUUAUAGCAGCAUUUUGGUGGUAGCGAUGAAUUGAAUACAAGAGGGUAUCCAGCAAUUGAAGAAGGACUGAACAAAUCAUGGUAUACUAAUAUAACCGAAUCCUAUUGCAUGAAAUGAUGAUUACAUGAUUAUGAGGAAUUCCAAUAAACACAGGAAGGCUGGUAUGAAAUAAUGCCGAGUGAAGCAGACAGAACCAAGAAAGCGGAAUCCACAAAGACUCCAAUCAUCUAACAAGUACUAGUGAAAGGCAGCCAAACUAGGAUUAAUUGUAAUGACCCAUUUUAGUACUCUAGAAUUGGUGAUUAAACACACUUCACUCCUCUUGUGAUGGGGACUGGGAGGAGGCUACAGGAGCAAAAUAUUACACAUACUGCUAACAACCAACAUCAUUUUAUUGAUCAGUUUUACUUAACUAAUUUUCUUUGUUACAAGUUUCAAUGUGAGGGUCAGUUUUAUUUUUUAAUAACUAGUGUAAAAGACAAAAGACAUUAAUAAAAGUUUUUUAUGUGAAUG